AUGCUAUUGCAACAGCAGCAGCAGCAGCAGCAGCAGCAGCAGCAGCAACACCUGCUUCUGCAGCAGCAGCAGCAGCAGCAGCAAGAAGGCGGGGAGCAGCUGCUACAGGGAGAAGAGCACCGAGAAGCAGAUCGGAGGCAGCAGAGGCAGCAGCAGCUGCAGCAGCAGCAGAUCCAGCAGCAGCAGAUCCAGCAGCAGCAGAUCCAGCAGCAGCAGCAGAUCAAGCAGCAGCAGCAUUGA